ACUGUUUACUGAGUAUUUGUUGCAUUAUGUUGGUAAAUAGCAAGUUUAUUCAUCUGCUUUUCAUCUCAGGACUGUACGUAUUUUCACAUGGCUCUUCUGAAUUUCAUCUUAUCAAUAAGCUCAAGAGCUAUGAAGAAUCCAAACGUUACUGUAGAGAAAUGUACACAGACUUGGCUACAAUUCACAACUUUUCUGAAAUGAAUGAUUUGAUUAAUUUGGUGUCGGGCAGUACCAGUAGAGCCUGGAUAGGGCUUGAAUUAGCAGACAAACGAACAUGGCAUUGGUCUUUGCCUGGUCACACAGUAGCUUAUACAAACUGGAGGGAAGGAAAUCCUCAAGACAAUGAUCAGGAUGCAUGUGUGGCUGUGGAUGAAAAUGGCAAGUGGUUCGAGAGUGACUGUAAAUCCAAAAUGAGCUUUGUAUGUCACAGUGACGGAGGUAGUCAUGUAUUUGUUGCUGACACUAAAACAUGGCGGGAUGCACAAAACCACUGCAGGAGUCUGUCUACAGAUUUGGUUAGCAUACUGUCUGCAGAGGAGAAUGCAGUAGUGAGCAAUAUGUCUCAAAAUAUAUGGAUCGGCCUCUUCAAAGAUCCAUGGAAGUGGUCAGAUGGAAGUGAUUCCUCUUUCCGAUACUGGAGUGCAUUUCAGCCCAACUAUCUAGAAGGUCAGGACUGUGUUACUGUGAUUUUCAAAAACUCUGGGAAAUGGAAUGAUCUGAAAUGUCCAGGUAAAAGGGCAUUUAUUUGUCAAGGAGCAUAUAAAGUACCCACAACAACUCUUGAAACCACUACCCAAGGGGCAACGAAAGUGACAUAUCUGAGCACCCAUUACAGCGUAACAUCUGAAAGCAUCACAGUGACUUUUCAUUUCACUCUUGAUAAAAACUCCACAAAUGUUUCCACAACAACAGUCCCCACCACGGUGGGAGUCUCAGCAGCACCAAACACAACUAAGCCGGUAACACUGGCCCCACAUAGUAACACACCAGAUAACUUGGUUUUAGUUCAACAAAACCUAACAUGGGUUGAAGCUAUAACCUACUGCAGGAGUAAUUAUAUUGAUCUGGUCCACAUCUCCACUGAGAAUGUUCAAAUGAAAGUUGCCGAAAAGGCGAAAAAUGCCACAACGCCUCACGUGUGGAUCGGCCUUAAAUACACUUGCCACUCAAAACUCUGGUUCUGGAUCAGGUCAAGCAGCGGCUGCUACCAGAACUGGGCUCCUCAACAAGGCUAUGAGGGAAAUUACAACUGUGGAGCUACAGGUGCAAUUCAGGCCACUGGGAGGCAGCAGUGGGUAGGCCUGCCACAGACAGAGAAGUUGAAUUUCAUUUGCUAUGGAUGUGUAGGUUGAAGGAAAUGAGUUGAAUACAUGGCAUUGCAACACACUAUCUAGAAAAAAUCUUUCACUUGUGUAGUGUUUGCUGGAAAAUAUGAAAUAGGGAUGAAAAAAUUCUUUUUUUUCUGACAAUAAGAAGUCAGAAAUAUUAACUGAUAAACUGAUACAAGAAUCCCGUGAAUUUCAGAACGUUUGUAGAGACCUAAACUACAGGUAAAUGAUUUGUUGUUAUUUGAAGAGAUCAUCCUUUGAUCAAAAUAAUUGUAUCCUUUGUGAUUUGAUAAUUGUGGCAACUGAAAUAUUGUUAUCAAUUUGCUUGCAGCAUAUUUUGUAGCCCUAAUAUUCAAUUGCAAAUUUGCUAUAACCUGAGUUGUAUCUUUCCCACUGAUGAUGUCACUGCAUUGUUCCAGUACAGCUGCUCUGCCUUUUGUUAUGUUUGAAUUUCAAUGAAUGUGAAAACGUCAUGCAGAGAGUAGGCGUGCACAUUCACAGUCAUGGGCAGCUAGAGUGAUGUGAGAACAUUGAUCCACUCUACGCCUUUCACUCGGGGUUACUAUUUACAUGUUGACCCUCCAGUGGCCCCCCAAAACAGUAGGUUUGACUCUAUGACCUGACCUUCACUAGGACGCCACAUGGACCACAGGGCUGUCUGCUGUCCUCCGAACGUUAACUUAUUUACAUGUACAAGUGAAUGUGAUAUAUUUACUUUAAGGGAUGUUUAUUUUGUAAAAAUUCUUGCUCAGGAAUGUGAGAAGAAUUUUACAAUUAUACACUCUUAUUGACAUAAUGACCACCA